AUGCCUCCAGGGAGCGGCGAUUCCGCCGCACCCAGCGAAAAGAAAGAGGCCAAGAAAGUAGAGAAGUCAUAUUUAGCUACCGCUGUUGAUUCUAUAAAUCCCUGGACUAUUAAUCGAAGUACCACGCCCACACCAAACUCGAAGGAUGUUCCUCCUAAGCCCAAGACUUCGGCUACUAGAAAAGCCGACGACCAUAGCACGAAUACCCUCUAUGGCCAGAGCUUCCGAAAGUACCCGCCUGACUGUCCUCCGCUCAACGUUAUGUGGUUUCACGCCGUCGACGUCCCUAAACGUAAACCGAACUUCCUAAAAUCCAAAAAGAAAGAUGACGACAAUGCCAAGCAAACGCCCCCCAAAAAGUUCGUAGCCUUUUCCAAAACCGAUUCACGAUCGAUCGAGAAUGCAUACCAAAAAUUGCUAGAGGACCUAGAAGAUGAACGAGGAAAAGGAUCGGUGAGCAGACAGAUGCGUUCUAGCUCCCAACGGAGAAGAGCUGUCUCGUCGGAAGACAAUCCCAAUACCAGCAUCGAUAGAGGAAGUGGUGGUCAACAGGGUGGUCUUCGAGUUCCCGUAAAUGAAGAUUUCUUGUUCGAUGUCGACAUAGAAGAGCGCGAGUUAGCCCCCGUAUAUUGGCUCGGUCCGAUUUACGACGUCCGUCGUGGUACUUGGUUCUACCAGGAAGGGUCUACGUUGCGACCGUGCGAAGAGAACCUAGCAGCCCAGUUGGAGGAGGGAUACCUGAAAAUAAAACCCUGGACGUAUCCCGUGUCCAGAUCCCGCAGCAAUUCCGGACUACAGGACGUAACACCGAAAGCGUCCUCGGAAAAUCUGAAGGCGGCCGCCAAGUCACAAGCCGACAGUUCGCUUAAGCCCCAAAAUACCUCCCAACCCGCCAUACAACACCAGCCACAGACCUAUCGUCUCUUCGGUACUUAUAUGAACAGCAUAGCGACAUAUCAAGACUCAACCACAGCGUGGUUAUCGUCAGAGAGCGUCUUUUCCUGGGUGACAUCAACAGUUUAUCAGAGAUUUGCUGGUGGCGGGUAUAUGAACGGCGUGAAGCUUGUUCGUGGGUACUCGGAGCCUGGGAAGUCGAAAGAUGCGAAAAGACCGCCUACGCCGACGACAGCCACCCUACCCCCUGAAAAGUUAGACGAAAAGGAAGAUAAAUCCCUUAAGCGAAGAUCCGCUCCGCCUAGCACUCGCUCAGAUACUGCAGCAAACCGAGACGACGAAUCCUCGACAGAGACCGAACGUCGAGAAAAUCGUCUAAAGCGUGAGUUCUCGUCGUUUAUCGAAGCUUCAGACGACCCAGAAAAGCAAGAAGAACAAAUAAGAAGACGCGAGGAGCAAGAAAUCCAGGACGACUAUAAUGGCCAAGAUGGAGAAACACAGGGUCGUGAUAUCGAACAUCUUAUAUUAGUGACCCACGGUAUCGGGCAGCUUCUGGGGCUUCGGCUGGAAAGUGUCAAUUUCGUGCAUGAUGUAAACCUAUUGCGGAAAACGAUCAAGGCAGUUUACGCACAUUCAGCGGAUUUGAAAACACUCAACAGAGAAAGCGAAAAUGGGCCGGGUAAUUGCAAGAUUCAGGUUCUACCCGUCUGUUGGAGACAUCUUCUAGAUUUUCCAAAACGGAAAGAAAAGAAAGGCGAGAAAGAUAUAGGCGAUGUCGCUGAAGAUGAAGAUGACUACCCUUCAUUGGAAGAUAUCACUAUCGAAGGAGUCGCGUUUGCUCGCUCCCUCAUCUCAGACCUAGCGCUAGAUGUUCUCCUUUAUCAAAGCGCCUACCGAGAGCAAAUCGCGGAAAUCGUUCUGAAAGAAUCCAACAGAAUCUACAAGUUAUUUCGAGAGCGCAACCCCGAAUUUAAGGGCAAAGUCCACAUCAUUGGUCAUUCCCUGGGAUCUGCGAUCAUGUUUGAUAUUCUUUGUAGACAAAGGGAAAAGUCCCAACCAACGGAAACCCUGCGCAACCCAUUGCGGUUCUGGCCUUCUCAGGAACGGUCUGAACCCCCUCGAGAUCCCCACGACCUCGCAUUCAAAUUCGAAGUUGAUGAUUUCUAUUGCCUUGGCUCACCAAUCGGUCUCUUUCAAAUGCUCAAAGGGCGAACCAUUGCUGCUAGAGGUAAACCUAAUGCGGCGCCAUCAGAAAGCCCUCUUGACCCAGAUUACGCAGCAGACCCGUUCUUUUCAUCGGCCAUUAAUACAGACCAGCAUAUAUCAGCUAUCACAGGUCUACCAUUUUCAGUAUCAUCACCAAAAGUGGGACAGCUAUUCAACAUAUUCCAUCCUUCCGAUCCCAUCUCAUACCGCCUUGAGCCAUUGAUUGCACCUGUAAUGUCUUCCCUUAAACCCCAAACGCUCCCGUACACCAAAAAGGGAAUCUUCGGCGCCGUGGCACCGCAGGGACUAUCAGGUAUCGGCGUAAAAGUCGGUCAAAGCGUCAGCGGGCUUUGGUCUAGCUUUAGUGCUGGCAUUGCUAGUAGCAUUCUUAAUCGUAGCCUGGGGCUAAGCAAUGAGGAUGUUGCUAAUUUCAACGCCGCAAAUGCAUCAGCACCAAACGCAGCUAAUAAUAAUAGCCCUCAAGCCUUGCCGCCCGGUGCUGGUACCAACAUUACUUCGGGUAGCGUAAUUGCAGACACGAAUGCGCAAUCCGAGAAGACAGACGCACGGAAAAGGGCAUUAGCCCGUCAAAAUUCGUUAGGGGGUUCCGGGGGUAAUAAUAAUCCAAGCCGUGAUGCAACGCUCAUUGACGACGAGCUUGAGACGUUAUACGCUAAGUUCCAGAAAAAGCGCGUCGAGGAACACAAGAAUAGCGCCAGCCGUGCUGAGGAAGGCCAGGAGCUGGGCGAGGCGUGGGCCGCCGAGGAGCUUAAAGCUCAGAAACUAAGAAGGGAGGAAGCCAAGGUGCUCGCUCUGAAUCGCAAUGGCAGAGUUGACUACAGUAUUCAGGAAAGCGCACUUGACUUCAACCCCAUCAACACCAUCGCCUCGCACAUGACGUACUGGCAAGACGAAGACGUCACGCACUUCAUAAUCUCACAACUCCUAUCUCGGAAGAAAGAUAAUGAGGAACGGAAAGGCGACCAGACUCCACUUCGUAUUUGA